AACCCGGUAGUAUUACUACGACUUUUGUGUUGUGUAUAUCCGUCACGAUGGCUACCUCCAAGACUGGUAAAGCAAAGGGAAAGAAAGUGGUCAGUCAAGAGGAAUUACGACGGUUAAUGAGAGCGAAACAAGGAGAAACAACUGACCAGAAGAAACGCAUCGAGUCCCCAUUUGCAAAAUAUAACAGUCUUGGACACCUAAGUUGUGUGCUGUGCAGUGUACCAGUGAAAUCUGAAAUAUUAUGGCAGGCUCAUGUCCUCGGAAAGCAGCACAAACAGAAAACCUCUGAACUGAAAGGAGGUAAACAAACCCAACCACUCCAACAGACUUCCACGGGACCACUGCUGAAAAGGAAGACGUCUGAUUCUGAAAAAGCACAACUAAAAAAAUUAAAAGCAGACACAGACGUGGAUUCUCGCUCUCUGGGGGUUCCUGCUGAUGUGCCAAAGUCGGCUAGCUCCUCUCGAUCUGGGCUCGUUCUGCUUGGACACUAUGAUGAUGAUGAAAACAAUGAAGAUGAUGAUAUGGACCCAGAUGGAGAUGAGACAAGCAAAAUUAACAAGGCGGCUAGGAGCUCUGCAGUCGAAAAGCGUACAGAGUUGCCCUCUUCAACAGUCUCUGAACUGCCAGCAGAUUUCUUUGACAGCGGCUUCCCCUCUGGACGUGCCGUUUCUCACUCUGGGUCUGUUCUGAAGGCAGAUGAGCCAGAGAAGCCUGUGGCGAGGAAAGAAAACACGGCAGAAGCUUUACCGGAGGGUUUUUUUGAUGAUCCAGUCACAGACGCAAAGGUGCGAAAGGUUGAUGCACCAAAGGACCAGAUGGAUAAGGAAUGGGAUGAGUUUCAGAAGGAGCUUCGUCAGGUUAACAGUGCGUCUGAAGCCAUUGUUGCUGAGGAUGAUGAAGAAGGGCGUCUAGAGCGACAGAUUGAUGAAAUUGAUGAACAGAUCGAAUGUUACCGGAGGGUGGAAGUUCUGCGAGAGAAGCGGGAUGUGGUGAAGGACCUCCUGAGGAAGAGGACAGAGGAUUCCGAGCAGCGGGAGGGGGAGAGUAGUGAGGAUGAUGAAGACGAGUUGCUGCAGCUGCUUUCCAGGGACUGGAGGGCGAAAGGAGUGCUGUCCUAAAAGCGCUAUGUGAAAACCAAACCUAAUUCCAGUCCAGACUUAACCUGCGGAAAUAAUGUGUUUUAAGCCUGAAAUAAAACAAACACUUUACAGAUUUUUAGUGUGACUAUAACCAGGAUCCCUGUCUCACUCUUCUCUUCCCCAAACAUCAUGUAACAAACAGAAAAUCCCAUCUUUAUAUCCCAGGGAUUCCCAAAGCACCCCGCCCCUUUUGGUGUAUACUUAAUUUGUAAUACUUUGGUAUAAGUAUGUCAGAAGUAUCUCUGCGUGCCAUUAAGAAUGUCAGUUUGUUGACAGUACGUUACCUUUCUUUGUUGUGGCAUAUGGCCAGUGAUUCCUGUAGAAAAAUAGGUUAAAUUGUCUUAAUUGCUUAAAUUGUUGAUUGACAGGAGAAAACUGUGGAGUCAUAAUUCAAAGUGUGACAAUGGCAAAAGGUUAAACUAUAGUGCUGAUACAAGUUUAAGGCAGAAUAAAUUGUGGGAUGCUGUGGUGGAGGGGAGGUAUUCUGGUAUUCCUCUGCAGGGUUCUCUUGACCUGUGGUAUUCCUCUGCAGUUUUUACCUUGUGCUGUUCAUCCUUUUUCUCUGCCAUUCUGUCAGAUGUUGAUUUCCCUCAAGAAUAUUUGCCUUUUGUGAAGUAUUUUUAUUUAAAAAAUAAUCACAAACCAUCUCCGAUCACAAACCAUCUGAGGUGGGGGUGUGGGUAAACUCAAAAUCAAGUACAAAUGCAAGCUUGAACCAUGGUCUGCAUUAGUGAAUGAAAGUGGAACAGGCCAGUCAUGCACAAAAGUUAUUUGUGAGCCCAAAUAAAUACAGGGCAGAGGUGGUCAGAAUAAACAUUUAUGCCAUUUAUA